CCCGACUUUGAUAUUGGCUUGCUGACAGUUAUUUUGAGUCCCAUAUGUUCCUCAAUCGUGGGAAUGCUGUCAUCGCUUUGCCAAUCCUUGACUUCACAUCUGCAUCAGAUCCUUCUUGCUCGUCGAUGAUGCUGUCUAGUUGUGUGGAAGUUUCGACCUCUCCCAAAGCUUCUCUACCAAGAGUGAUUGGAUUAGUGUUCCCCAUGUUGUAUUUGAGGAUCUUGCUUUUGUCCUUUUGUAUUUUGAGGUCUACUGCUGCUACGCUGACUGUCUUCACCCGCAUUUGUUCGUGUGUAUGGGAUAGAACAGCUAGGUCAUCUACCAAGUCCAAAUCUUCUUGUUGUAUGUCAGCUGUCCAUUGCAUUUCGUGUUUCCCCCUCCGAUGUAGAGAUCUUCACAAUUCGAACAGGCCGCCGUUCACAGUUUAAAUCAUUAUCAGUAUGGGGUUGUGGAGAUUAUUAAGCUUUUGAUUGAGAUCGUGAACCGAAUGAUGUUAAACCACCAUUGAAAACCUGGAUACACUAGACGGUCGUUUCGUCCUAUUGUGGGUCUAGAAGUUAAGCGUUCCUGAGAGAGACUGAAGGCCCUGGGUUCAAAUCCCACAAGCGGGAUCGUGAAUGCUGAGUAAUCGCACGAUAGGAGGAAACGAUCGUCCAAUGCUUCCAGGUUUUCAAUGGUUGUCUAUCAACAAUCGGUUCGUGAUCUCUUUCAAAAACAAUUUAGGCCAUUGAAGUGAAA